AUGUAAGAAUGGAAUGAUAAAGACUUAGUUUAUGAAGUUCAAAAAAUGAUGCUAAUAGAUGUUUAAGAAUAGGAGAAAUCAAUUGAAGUGACCAGCUCGCCAUAAAAAAAAGAAUCGAAAUCCUGUUAUAUUAGUCCUCUUAAAGUUUAAGCUCUAGUGAGGAAAGGAAGACUAGAGAAGGCUUAAUAAUGCUGGGAUGAAUGGUUAUAAAAUUGUAGUGAUAAGAAAGAUUAAAAAAAUUUAUAUUAUUCGAAAAGCUAGUUUUUAAAGAUUGCAAGAUGGGAUUCGAAACUCAUAGAGAUUAUUGAAGAAGGAAUAAAAAAUUCAUCAGACAAGAUAUUUUAUUUAGAAGAGAAAGGCAACUAUUUACAAUAAAAUAAAAAGUUUGAAGAAGCUGUUCAAUUCUGUAAAGAAUGUAUUAAGUUGUUUCCUAUUUACUAUUAAUAGCAAAAGCGUUAGAAUAAUUAGGAAGAAACAACGAAAUAAUUGAAUGCUGGAAUGAAGGAAUUCUAAAUAAUUCCUAUUACUGGAAUGUAUAUAUUUAUUACACAGAAAAAGCGAAGGCUUUAUGUAAAUAGGAAAGAUAUCAAGAGGCAAUUGAAAGUUGGAAUGAAGGAAUCAGAGAUAAUAAAUACUCUUUCCGAUUUUACAAUUACAAAGGUAUUUUAUUUAGGGAAUUUAGCUAAACUAUUAAGCUAUUUGGGAAAAUUCGAUGAAUUAAUUGAAUGCUGGGAUAAUGGGAUAUAGUCUAACGGUGAAUAUAUCGACUAUUAUAGGGAAAAAGUAAGAGCAUUAUCAAUCUUAAAGCGAUCUAAUGAAAUUAUUUAAUGCUGGGAAUUAGGAAUUUAGAAUAAUAAGAAAAUGAUAAUAUAUUAUGAAAAUAAAGGUUUAGAUUCUUAUAAAAAUUAGCAAAAAUACUAGCCAAAUAAGGCAAAAUUUAAGAAAUUAUUCUAUGCUGGAAUUAUGGAAUUGACAACAAUAAGAAUAAUAUCUUCUUUUAUCAAGAAAAAGUUAAAGUGUUAGAAAGACACGGCACAUUCUAAGAAAUUAUAAAUUGUUGGGAUUUAGGAAUUUCAUAUAAUAGAGAUAAUAUAGAUUUCUAUGAAUAAAAAUGUAAGUUCCAAAAUAUAAUCAUAUCUAUAGCCUAAGCUUUAAAAAGUAAAGGGAAUUGGUAUGAAGUGCUUAAGCUUUGGGAUUAAGGAGUUGAAUGGAAUAAAACUUCUAUUUAAUUUUAUGAAAAAAAAGGUCAAGUUUAAUAAAAAUUAUUUAGUUCGAAUCUUACAGUAAAAUGGUUAAAUUUCAGAAAUUAAUAAGUGCAUAAAUAAAGGGAUUGAAUUGAAUUAAAAUAAACCUUAAUUUUAUUAAUUAAAGGCUUCAAUUUUAAUAAAAUAACGUUUAUGGGAAGAAGCAAUUUAUGUUUGGGAUCAAGGAAUAUAGAUUAAUAGAGAUUCCUACGAAUUUUAUCAUGAGAAAAGUAUUUUGUUAUUUAAAAUAAGGUAAAUGUCUAGAAAAGUAAGGAAAAUAUUAAGAAGCAUUAUAAUGUUUAAAAGAUGGAAACACACUUAAUAUUAAUAAUUAAUCAUAUUAUUCUUCAUAAAGUAAUAAGAUAGAAUAUUGAUAGUAAAUAUUCUAACCAAAUAGAAAGAAUGGUUAUAAUCUAUUAUGAAAUGUGAUCAAGCAAAUUAAGUAUUUUAGGCCAAGACCCUAUUAUUUUAAGAUAAAAAAAUCCUUUCCUUAAAGUCACUCAAUUUAUUAAAGAAAACAAUAUAAUUUUAUCGCCUAGGAGACAAUAAAUUUGCAAGAUUGAUGUUUUAUUAAUAAUUAUGA